GGUUCUCCACUUUCAGCUAGAUCAACAGCCUCACCAUGUGUGGUAUCUGGGCCCUGUUUGGGAGUGAUGAAUGCCUUUCUGUCCAGUGUCUAAGUGCCAUGAAGAUAGCACACAGAGGUCCUGAUGCAUUUCGUUUUGAGAACGUCAAUGGAUUCACCAACUGUUGUUUUGGCUUCCACCGCCUUGCAAUUGUUGAUCAAUUAUAUGGCAUGCAGCCUAUCCGGGUGAAGAAAUUCCCGUAUCUGUGGCUGUGUUACAAUGGAGAAAUCUACAAUUUCAAACAGUUGCAGAAGCAGUUUGGAUUUGAAUAUCAAACAUUAGUGGAUGGUGAGGUUAUCCUUCAUCUUUACAACAGAGGAGGAAUAGAACAAACAGCAUCCAUGCUAGAUGGUGUAUUUGCUUUCAUCCUUCUGGACACUGCAAACAGAAAAGUGUUUCUGGCGAGAGAUACUUAUGGAGUCAGACCACUGUUUAAGGUCCUGACUGAUGAUGGAUUUUUAGGUGUCUGUUCUGAGGCAAAAGGACUUACCAACUUAAAGCAUUCAACAUCCUUAUGUAGUAAAGUGGAACCAUUUCUCCCUGGUCAUUAUGAAGUGUUGGAUUUAAAGCCCUCUGGCAAGGUCGCAUCUGUGGAAUUAGUAAAAUUUCAUAGCUAUAAAGAUGAACCACUUCAUGCUGCGUGUGAUACAGUGGAAACUCUGCCUUCAGGCUUUGAUCUUGAAACAGUGAAAAGCAACAUCCGUAUUCUGUUUGAAAAUGCUGUUAGAAAACGUUUGAUGGCUCACAGAAGGAUUGGUUGUCUUUUGUCAGGGGGCUUAGAUUCCAGCUUGGUUGCAGCUGUUCUUCUGAAACUGAUGAAAGAAAUCAACAUCAAUUAUCCAUUACAAACCUUUGCAAUUGGAAUGGAAAACAGUCCUGACUUACUUGCUGCCAGAAAGGUGGCAGCACAUAUAGGCAGUGAACAUCAUGAAGUAAUAUUUAAUUCUGAAGAGGGAAUUCAGGCAAUAGAGGAGGUUAUCUUCUCCUUGGAAACCUAUGAUAUAACAACAAUAAGAGCUUCAAUUGGUAUGUAUCUUGUCUCCAAAUAUAUACGGAAGAAAACAGACAGUGUGGUCAUUUUUUCAGGAGAGGGAUCAGAUGAGCUGACACAAGGAUAUAUCUAUUUCCAUAAGGCACCAUCUCCUGAAGAAGCUGCAGAAGAGAGCGAGAGGCUUCUGAAGGAGCUCUACCUGUUUGAUGUGCUUCGUGCAGACAGAACUACUGCAGCACAUGGGUAA